UUCUGUUUACGGUUUCGGUCAGGUUGGCGAAGUGAAUUUUUAUAAAAGUUUUGUAAAGUGGACGAUUGUUGGAUCACAUGGACACCAUGGACGAUUGUUUGGGAUCGGUUCUGCUUCCGAGCAUGAAAGUUCGUCAGAAAAGGAUGUGUAGGGCUCUGCAGAAACCAAAAGUAGAACCAAUCUUCAAGGAUACGAGCAACGUUGGAGCACGAAUGUUGUCCAAGUUGGGCUGGUCGGAGGGCAAGGGUCUUGGAAGGAAGGAGGACGGAAUGCUUAAUCCGAUUCUACCACGGCAGAAGCGGGACAACGAAGGUGUAGGAUAUGCGGGUGAAGACGACAAUGGCUGGACGCAGCACGAUGCCGGAUUUAACGAGCUACUCAAACGUUUGAACGGCGGCGAUGAGGAAACCACAGCCGAGGCCGAAACGGAAACUAUGUUAGAUACGGCUACGCAACUGCAGGCACUCGAGGAGCGAUCGAAAACAUCAAGGGCACGGGUGCACUACCGAAAGUUUACACGAGGCAAGGAUCUGAGCCAGGUGAACGAGAAAGAUCUUGCCAACAUUUUCGGCAAACGAUCGAUGGCGGAAAUGAAUAAGCCCGCCAAUGAAGCCAAAAGCAAUGAUGCGUCUGCCGAUGGAAGUGAGCACGAAUCCGAAACGGAGACAAACAUCUUAGGCCUAACGACCAUCAAGUCCAGCCUGUCGAUGCAGGAAUAUUUUCAGCAGAAAAUGAAAAUGAAGCAGGCGGUUGUGGACAGCGAAACGAUUGCCAAGGGCGAAAAUUGUCCGGAUGUACACGGUGCUGAACCAGAAAUAGUUAAAACUAAAAAGAAAAAGAGUAAGAAGAGUAUGAAGGUGAUAAGCGGAACGGAGCUAGAAUCAUUAGUCAUGAAUGAAGAGGCAUCAGAAGAGUCCACCGAAAUCACUGAUUUGCCGAAAAAGACCAAGAGGAAACACCAAUCGAAAGAAGUACACGAUCAUGAAGAACCAGAAGAACCGGUUAAGAAGAAGAAAAAAUCGAAAAAGGGCAAAACUGAGGCGAUUGAUACGGAAUCGACCGUAAAGCUCGAUGAAGAUAUUGAUGACGAAUGUUCUAAUGAUUCUAAAACAAAGAACAAAAAGAAAACGGCUAGAAAAAGUAAGCAUAAUUCCGAUGAAACGGAUAACUCUUCGGAACCUAAAACUGCCGAGGAGGAUUCCAGUGAAACCACGAAUCCCAUUAUGGAUAAUUCUGCCAUACCGGAAGUGCCGGAACCCACUAAAAAGCAGAAAAAGUCCAAAAAGAUGAAGAAGAAGGAAGCGACUUCCGAAGAGGGACCUCAAGAUCCCCUCGAUGAGGACGAACUUCGCGAGCUUGCAGAUCACGAUGGUAAGGAUAACGGCGAAGUAUCGUCACGGGAUCAACAUGAAAGCUACGACGCUGAUGCGAUCGAGGAAGCUCUAGCCUGCCCGGUGAAGGUGGCGGUGCUGAAGCACUUGGACGAAACGGCCUUUAUCGGCUCUAACUUUGCCAAUAUUAUCGGUUACAGAUUGACCGAGGAUGUGAAACUUGUUCAACGUGACGAUACCAUGCGCCGAAAGCUCGAAAAACAUCGUUUCGCGACGCAGAAGAACGUUUCCCAACACCGGAAGUGGCAAAAGUUGAAAAAAGUGUCCGCUUUUGAAGCUAUCUAGGUGCGCUGGUAGUGUACCGCAUGUUGCUUUGAAUAAAACAUUGAAGAUUUC